AAAAUUGAUGAAUGUAAUGAUAGCCAUACGACAGCGGUAAAAUGGGUGAAAUGAAAUCAACCGAUUUCAACAGUCUCAAAGGAACUGAAAAAUUCAGAAAAGUAGCCAAACAUAUCGAGGAUAAGUGGAAACUCGUCCCGGCGUUUCUCAAAGGCAAAGGUCUCGUGAAGCAGCACAUUGAUUCGUUCAAUUAUUUCAUUAAUGUUGAAAUAAAAAAAAUUGUCAAAGCAAACGAGAAAGUAUUGAGCGAUGCGGAUUCUUUGUUCUAUGUCAAAUAUCUGAAUGUAUACAUUGGCACGCCAGAUGUUGAAGAAAGUUUCAAUGUUAAUCGCAUAACAACGCCACAUGAAUGCCGACUCAGAGAUCUAAAUUAUUCUGCUCCGAUAUCAGUGGACAUUGAAUAUACCAGAGGCAAUCAACGUAUUAUUAGAAAUAGCUUGUUGAUUGGAAGAAUGCCCAUAAUGUUGAGGAGCUCCAAUUGUGUUCUGAACAACAAGUCCCACUUUGAGUUGGCAAAAAUGAACGAGUGCCCUCAUGAUCCGGGUGGUUAUUUUGUUAUAAAUGGGCAGGAAAAGGUGAUUUUGAUCCAAGAACAGAAAUUAAGAAACAGGAUUAUUCUGGAGGAAGAUAACAAAGGUUGUAUUGUCAGUUCAUGCAACAGUUCCACCCAUGAACGAAAAACUAAAACAAACGUUGUUGGGAAAGGUGGAAAAUAUUAUAUGAGACAUAAUAUUUUUCAAGACGACAUUCCUAUUGUAACAGUAUUUAAGGCUAUGGGCAUUGUUUCUGAUCAAGAAAUAAUGCAACUGAUAGGAACUGAAGAAGAAUACAUGAGAAGGUUUUCGGCUUCGUUAGAAGAAUGUCACACAGCAAAUGUUUUCACACAAGAUCAAGCUAUCAGGUAUUUAAGCAAUAAAAGAAAACAGAAGCGAUUUCCCUCUAGUAAAAUGGGCCUUGUUGAUGAAAUAAAGGAUAUCUUGGCAAUAAACAUCCUCUCACAUGUUCCGGUAGUUGACUUCAACUUCAAAGUUAAAGCAACUUACAUCGCAUUGAUGAUACGUAAGGUUAUGCAAGGCCAGAUUGAUAGAACACUAAUCGAUGACAGAGAUUAUUAUGGUAACAAGAGGCUGGAAUUGGCUGGUUCUCUACUGUCUCUCAUGUUUGAAGAUUUAUUCAAAAGAUUUAACUGGGAGCUCAAACAAAUCGCAGACAAAAACAUUCCCAAAAUCAAAGCAGCACAGUUCGACAUCGUUAAACACAUGAGGCAAGACCAAAUCACAAAUGGUCUAGCAUUUGCUAUUUCUUCGGGUAACUGGACCAUAAAACGGUUCAAAAUGGAACGUCAAGGUGUAACGCAAGUUCUGUCAAGAUUGUCGUACAUAUCUGCCCUAGGAAUGAUGACGAGAGUUAAUUCACAAUUUGAAAAAACAAGGAAAGUUUCUGGCCCCCGCUCCCUACAGCCUUCCCAAUGGGGAAUGAUGUGUCCUAGCGAUACGCCAGAAGGAGAGGGUUGCGGUCUAGUUAAAAAUCUAGCAUUAAUGACUCACAUCACAACAGAGGUGGAAGAAGAACCGAUUAUCAGACUAGCCUACAAUCUUGGAGUAGAAAACGUCAAUAUCUUGGGAGGUGAAGAAAUAAACAACAAAAAUGUGUACAUGGUUUUCUUGAAUGGUAAUAUUCUAGGAAUUAUUAAAAAUUACAUCCGACUCGUCAAUGUAUUCAGACUGCUACGCAGAAAGGCCAUGAUCAAUGGGUUCAUUUCCAUAUAUCCUCAGCAUCACCACAGAUGUGUGCAGAUAUGUUCGGAUGGUGGCAGAUUGUGCAGACCUUACAUUAUAGUCAAAAAUGGAGAAUCUCUUGUUCAGCAAAAACACAUCGAAGCAUUAAAACAUGGUUUCAAAACGUUUGACGAUUUCUUGCACGAAGGUCUCAUAGAAUUUUUGGAUGUGAACGAGGAAAAUGAUAGCUCGAUCGCUUUCAAUGAGUCCCAAAUCGAAGCAGGAACGACUCACUUGGAAGUAGAGCCAUUUACUUUACUCGGCGUUUGUGCUGGCUUAGUGCCAUAUCCUCAUCACAAUCAGAGUCCUAGAAAUACAUAUCAAUGUGCUAUGGGCAAACAAGCGAUGGGAACUAUAGGAUACAACCAACGUAAUCGCAUAGACACACUAAUGUACAAUCUGGUUUACCCGCAAGCUCCGAUGGUCAAAUCUAGGACCAUAGAACUGAUCAAUUUCGAUAAACUCCCUGCUGGACAAAAUGCAACGGUUGCGGUGAUGUCCUACAGUGGAUACGACAUAGAGGAUGCGUUAAUUUUAAAUAAAGCAGCGAUCGACAGAGGUUAUGGAAGGUGUCUAGUAUACAGAAAUGCUAAAUGUACUUUAAAAAGAUAUGCAAAUCAGACUUACGAUAGAAUUAUGGGACCCAUGAUAGAUUCAAAUACUAAAAAACCUAUUUGGAAACAUGAGAUAAUAGACAAUGACGGCAUAGCUGCCCCUGGAGAAAUGGUAGAGAAUAAAAAAGUCAUGGUGAACAAAUCUAUGCCUGCAGCAACAAUGAACCCUGUAAAUCCUGCUAAUGUUCAGACUCAACCUGAUUAUUGUGACGUACCAGUUCUUUUCAAAGGAUCAGUUCCAGCCUACAUUGAAAAAGUUAUGGUAUCCAGCAAUGCGGAUGAUGCAUUUUUAAUAAAGUUGUUGUUAAGACAAACUAGACGACCUGAAAUUGGUGAUAAAUUCAGUAGUCGACAUGGACAGAAAGGUGUAACAGGUCUGAUCGUGGAACAAGAAGAUAUGCCUUUCAAUGAUCUUGGUAUUUCACCAGACAUGAUCAUGAAUCCACAUGGAUUUCCGUCAAGAAUGACAGUUGGCAAGCUCAUCGAAUUGCUUGCUGGCAAGGCUGGUGUAGCUGAAGGGAAAUUUCACUACGGAACAGCAUUUGGUGGUUCAAAAGUAGAAGAUGUUUGCGAGGAAUUAGUAAAACAUGGGUAUAAUUACAUGGGCAAAGAUUUCUUCUACUCUGGUAUUACCGGGGAACCACUUCAGGCUUAUAUAUACUCUGGUCCAGUGUACUAUCAGAAAUUGAAGCAUAUGGUUCAAGACAAGAUGCAUGCUCGUGCCAGAGGACCGAGAGCAGUUCUAACACGCCAGCCAACAGAGGGAAGAGCUAAGGAAGGAGGUUUGCGGCUGGGCGAGAUGGAGAGAGAUUGCUUAAUCGGUUAUGGAGCUAGCAUGAUGUUGAUUGAGCGUCUGAUGAUUUCAAGUGAUAUGUUUGAUGUCGAUGUUUGCAAUACAUGUGGACUAAUGGCGUACAGAGGCUGGUGUCACAGUUGCCAGACAAGUGCUUCCAUUUCUACAAUAUCCAUACCUUAUUCAUGUAAGCUUUUGUUCCAAGAGUUACAAUCUAUGAAUAUUGUACCAAGGUUAACGCUAAAGAACAGUGGUGACUGAAACGAACGGAAAAUUUAAUAAGAACAUUAAAGACGUGUGUAUCAAUAA